GUGAAGAGCGACUCCGUGGGCAGUUGAAAGCGGUGGAAAAUCGUUCAGCAGCUUGAGCAAACUACAUCGGUUGCCUAUCAGAAAUCCAACAAAUCAGUUUUGACAGAGAUUUGGAAGAAUUUAAAUGGAUCCAUUACAAACUAUUUUUGUCCUGUUCGCUUUCUGCUUAUUGAGCCUCACACAAGCUCUCCCUUUGCAAAAAGGAUUCAAAAGAGCAGUACGACGGGAAAGGAGAUCCUUGACGCCGUUGUCAGUUUGUAAUCAAACUGCAAUUCCAUCCGGACAUACAUCUGUUUCAGAUGUGUCCCUUUGGUACAAAAAUGGCUGGUUCUUAGCUGUUUACAAAGAUGGUAAUAUCAACGGGACUUCGGAUGCACGCAGCCGCGACAUUAAGCUUCAACUUCAGUCUGUCGGAAGCAGUUUGGUUCGUAUCUUUAGCAAACAAACUUGUCUGUACGUCGCCAUGCAGCGAUCUGGAAAAAUUUAUACAACGAAGGAACCCACAAGAGCAACGGUAUUUCGACAAACGCAUGAAGCAAAUGGCUUCCAAACCUUUGCUUCUCACCAUUACGUCCAUUCGGAUUAUACGAUAGCAAGACCGUCCCGAAAACACCUGUUUUUGUCCAUGAGAAAGAACGGUCAUAUGAAAAAUGGCAAAAGGACCACGAGAAACAACAAAACUACAUUGAUUUCAGUGAUUGAAAGCCGAGAAAUAAGCUAAAUGCUGCCCACAGUCCAGCAAAAUUUCUUAUUCAAAAUAUUUAUUUCAGUUCCAUGAUCCUUACACAGUUUCGUCUGAAAGCAGGCCUUCAGAACGAACAUUAGGUGAAGAUUUAUUUUGAAAAUUUGAAUAUCCAGUAAAUUAUUUUAAGAUAAGAUAAACUAUCUAUUUAUAUAUUGUCGCAAUAGCGAAUUUAAGAAUUAAAUGAGAAAAAGAAGCUAUUUGUAAAUAAAUUUCUUCGAUCAUAGAGUACCGCUUAGCGAAUAUUUUGGCCAGAAAUGGCCCGGCGUAACUGUUGAACAGGACAGGUUCUUUAUGAAUAACGUGUCAUUCUUUAGAAUCCUUAUAUCUCUUUAAUUCAUUUUAUAACAAAAGAUAAAACGUUUGAAGUAAAAUCGAUUAGUUUUUACCGCCCUGUUGAAAAUUCUAGAAAAAUAAAUCAUAGGUGUAAACAAGGGUUAUUGAAAGAAGACGCCCUGGUUAGCUUCUUGUUUCAGCUACUUUUUCACUCUCUUAUUUGAUAAUAAUAGAUAGAUGAUUAUUCUGACGACCAGUGUAACAAAAAAAAAGUCCCCACAGAGAGUCCAUCCGUUUGUUCCCCACCACUUCAGGCCCUCUCAUUUAACGGUAUUUCAGAAUGGAAGCAAUAUCUUUUAUUCCCGCUGAAUGGCAUUGUGACUAAACUACCUCUGCACAAAUUUCAAGGUCUGUGGUUUUUAUAACAGAUUAUGUGUAAAUUCUUAAUUUCUUCUUAUCUUGCUCAACGUAACGCUAAUAGCUUCAGUAAGGCAAGAAUAAAGUUUUCUGAGGUACAGAGAAACAAUCAUUACAGCCUACCAAAUGUUUAUAGAAUUAUUAUUUUUAUAUGUAUCUUUUUAAUGUUAGGUAGGAUUUUCCAAUUGAAAUAAACUCAGUGUACGAAAGAGGAAA